AAAGGAUUCAAAUUUGUCAUUUGUAAUAUAUCCUGAUUAAUUUUUUAUUUCGCGCAUACAGCUAUAUAUUCCCGAUUAUCAACGGAUAAUAAUCAGUUCAAAUCCAGUUGAAGCGGAUAGAAAUCAUGACAGGAGCAACAGACUCUAGCCAAUGUCAUCAACGUGGCUUCAAUCCAGGGUACACCUGGCAAACUUGUGAAGACUUUCAAGUACCAGACAAUUCUGUUUGGUAUGGGAGGGAUGAUGAUGGCAGCGACAUUUUCUGUGGAAAAGCGUGGUGUGAUGGGGAAGAAGUCCCAGCCAAGGUCAUCCCCAACAGGAGGGAAUGCAGAGUAAUUGACAACGGUUGCGAGAGAGUUGUGCCUAACUGUAGGAAGGUAUUGAUAUGCAAUCAGUCGGGAGAAAAUAGUUGUGAAAGACGAGGAGAUGAUUGUCAUAGACAUAGGCACCAUCAUUGUCAUGAUGACACCUCAAGUUGUGAAUCUGAGACAGAGAAUACAACCACUACGAAAAAAUCAACUUGCUGUAACAACGAGAGCAAGGUUUUGGAAAAAAGUUCGAAAUGUUGCAGUUCUUCUACCACAACCAUCGUAAAGAAGGAUAAUAAGAAAAAAGAGAAGAGGGGAUCCAGAGGAGAAGAGUGUUGGUAUGAAAGACGUACAAGAAUGGUACCAAAAGUAACUGUCCAACCAAGAGUUCGUUAUGUUCCACAAGUUAUUAACGAACGUACUGUACGUUAUGUAGAAGAGUCUUAUGUAACCAGGGUAUGUGGAAGGAGACGAUGUGAACGAAGCUGUGAACCAUGUGAACCAAGUUGUGAGCCAUGUGAACCACGCUGUGAGCCGUGUGAACCGCGCAUUGAGCCAUGUGAACCACGCUGUGAGCCAUGUGAACCACACCGUGAGCCAUGUGAGCCACGUUGUGUGCCAUGUGAGCCACGUUGUGAGCCAUGUCAGCCACGCUGUGAACCAUGUGAGCCACGUUGUGAGCCAUGUCAGCCACGCUGUGAGCCAUGUGAACCACGCUGUGAGCCAUGUGAGCCAUGUCAGCCACGCUGUGAGCCCUGUGUAUCACGCUGUGAGCCAUGUCAGCCACGCUGUGAACCAUGUGAACCACGUCGUGAGCCACGCUGGGAGCCAUGUGAACCACGCUGUGAGCCCCGUGUGCCACGCUGUGAGCCGUGUGAGCCAUGCUGUAAUCCUUGCGAACCAUGUGGACCAUGUGAACCUUGCAAUCCAUGUGAACCAUGUGAUCCCUGUGGCUCCAACAGGAGAAAUAAGACAAUUCUGUACUAAACAUUAUCUACAAACUUGAUAUAGUAAAGACCAUGACCAGGCAACGAUGGAGGAACUCACAUUUAUUAUAAUAUAUUUAUAUGCUUGUGCUUAUUCAGUUUUGUUAUAUUUCCUUAUUGCAUUUUUCUUUGUUGGAACGUACAUAAAAAAGGUCUAAUAUUAAUAUCUGAAAUAUAAGUUAUCACAGACUAAAA